UUCGCGCUUUUGCAGCGCAUUUGCAGCGCGCAGCGCGAAUCUGCAAGACGUGGUGCGGAUUGCUCGCGAAAAAUCAAAAUUGCUAAUCUCAAUGCAAAGGAUUACAAUGAAAUCGCUUGGCAAACACAAAUGGAUAUCAAUUAAAGAAACAUGUAAUCUGAGUGCAAACUGUCAAUUUAAACGGAAAAGCGCAGUGGAAUCUGGUUGAAUUAUACGAAAUAUGUGAAAGGCGAUGAAAAAUCGCAAAGAGGAAGGCCAAAUAUCCUCGGAAAAAUAACUCAUUAUAAAUGAAAAUAUAAAUGCCCGCGUUAUUUCGUGAACAAAUCAGUAAUUGAAUUUAAAUGUUUUAGUUGAUUUAAAAAAAUGUUGUGGUGCCUUUAAGUGAAAUUUAAAUUAUUUUAAAAAUUUUGAAAGAUAUGUAUCUAAUUUUAUAUGCAUGAGUUAUUAAUAACCUCAAUUAUGAACAUUUUCAAAAUUUGAAUAAAAAUAAUUACCCAGUCAGUGUGGUGAUAAUGUGACAUAUGUAUCUGAUGUAAACAUAAACAAAAACCAUUCAAAUUCUUAUUUUGGCUUUAAUUACCUUAAUAAAUAAAUAAAGAAAAAGUAACAAAUAAAAAUGAAACAAAUCGUCGUGCUUUGCAUAUUCUCACUCUUUGCCAAAGAUGCACAAACACUGCUCCUAAGCCAAAUGGAUUGGAAGAAUCUGCGCAACAGUGGAGCCUUGGACCUAAAUGUCUUACGCUGCUUUUUGCGGGACAAAAACUAUUGUCCCAGUCCACAUAUCGAUCACCGUCUGUAUGCUCCCAAUGGGCCGCGUCGUGGAAUUCCGUUAAAUGUCAAGAACCCAAUGUCCCUAUACAAAGGUGGAUUUAGCAAGCACCGCGAAACUGUCUUUAUAAUUCACGGAUUCAAUGGAACUGCCAUAGAUAUUCACCUGCAAUUUCUUAGGGAUGCUUACUUAUCCCGCGAUUUCAAUGUCAUCACAGUGGACUGGCGACCUCUGACCCGCUAUCCGUGCUACCUCCACUCGCUAAUCAACACCAGAUUAACGGCGCAGUGCACCGCUCAAAUCUACGCCUUUCUCACCCACUACGGAGCUGUUCCGGAGCGGAUCACAUGCGUGGGUCACUCCCUGGGCGCCCACAUCUGCGGCAUGAUCAGCAACCACUUGACGCGGAAACAGUACCGCAUCAUUGGAUUGGAUCCCGCACGGCCUCUAAUAGAGCGCAUGAAGAGCAACAAGUUCCGGUUGUCCAUCGACGAUGCCAACGUUAUCCAGGUGAUCCACACCAAUGCCGGAUUCCUGGGCCAAGAGGACAACUCCGGGCACCUCAAUUACUGCGUCAACGGUGGACGCAUCCAGCCGUUCUGCAAAGGAAAUCCAAUCAGAAAAUCUCGGUGCUCGCACUUCUUGAGCAUCUGCUACUUGGCCACUGCCACGUUCAAGCACAAGAAGUUCAUGGGAGUGCCGUGUCCCAAUGGCUGCCUGAAUCUCAGUGGAUCCAAGAGGCUGCCAGUAAGUGGAAAAGUGAAUCCCUUCGAGUUCGCCUCGCUGCUAAGGGAGUACCACAUAGGCAACGAUGCCCCCGAUGACGCCCGAGGUUGCAUUUGCAUUGAUGUGCCGUAUGCCAAGCACUGCCCCUUUACGGACGCGUAGGAGCUGGUCUUCAGUAGGUUGUAAUUCUAUGAUAAAGCUGUCGAUAAUAAAUUCAAGCUUGCCCAACAAGAAAUAUCCACAACCAAGCUUGUAAAUCUGC